GAUCUUCACGGUAAUGUGAGCGUUAAAGAUGUAUAUUUCGCAUAUCCAGAACGACCCGAGCGUGUUGUUCUUCAGGGUAUAUCGGCGAAAAUUUCCACCGGUAAAACGUUGGCAUUCGUUGGUCCGAGUGGAUGCGGUAAAAGUACCGUAAUAUCGCUGCUGAAUCGAUUCUACGACCCGACCGACGGUGAAGUGCAAUACGAUGAGCAUGAUGCACGCUCAUUGCAUUUGCAAACACUCCGCAAACAGCUGGCAAUGGUUGGUCAAGAACCCGUACUGUUCAAUUACUCGAUCCGUGACAAUAUAUCGUAUGGUUACGACUCGUGCACUUUUGAGGACAUAAAAAAAGCAGCAAAAAUUGCCAAUAUUCACGAUGCUAUCGUCAGUAUGCCUGAGGGUUAUGAAACGCGUGUAGGUGAACGUGGUAUACAGUUGUCAGGUGGUCAAAAACAACGUAUCGCAAUCGCACGUGCGAUAGUUCGACAACCAAUCGUAUUGCUUCUCGAUGAGGCAACAAGCGCACUGGAUUCCGAAAGCGAGAAGGUAGUUCAAAAAGCUUUGGACGCUGCUGCAUCGGGCCGAACUUGUAUUACAAUCGCACAUCGUCUGUCGACAAUUCAGAAUGCAGACUGUAUCUGCGUUGUGCGUGAUGGUCGUGUUGUGGAGAGUGGUACGUGCAUCUUUAGACAUCUUCUGCCAUGA